CGCUCCGUAAUGCUUGCAUAAUAAUAAUGACGGAUGCCGAUCGCGCGGCGGCCCCUUUGAUCUACGGAGCGUUUGAUCUCGCCGCCGACUGGUCCCGCCGCCCCUGCCGCAUAAACGAGCCCGCCUGUUACCUUUAUUCGGUCCGACGCCGCGUACGGAGCCGGCCCUUCGCCCUCGUUCUAAAUAGAGGCUUUUGUAAACGGGGAGCUACCGUGAGCGCGCCGAGGCAGUGGUGUGUGCGCGGUCAGUAUGGGGUGCGGUCGCCGCGGGCGCUCGCCGCGCUUCACAAAUCGUUCUUAGUGAUGUUUCCGCGCCCUCAAGGUCGGUGCUGCCGGUGCUGGCUGACAUGGACCCUAUGUGUACGUUCAUUAUUUAUUUUGUGCAAUUUUACAGCGAGCUUCAGUGAUCGUUCUGAGGUGCUGUUGUCCGCUCCAAGUGACAGCGUCGCUCCACCGGAUAGCUUGAGAUUAGUUUGGCUCUCUAAUUCCUCUCUAACGUGUAAUGAUGGAUCACCAGCGGGUUAUUAUAUCCGACGUGGCACAAACAGUCAUCACUGGGUGGUUUACUUGGAAGGUGGAGGAUAUUGUUGGGAUACGAAGUCAUGUGCAGCGCGUUGGAGACGUAGACCUGGGCUUAUGUCUUCGACACGAUGGCCUCGAGCUCGCCGAGCCCCAGCUAUACUAUCAAUGGAUCCCGAAGCAAACCCUUUAUGGCACAAUUCAAACCACGUGUUGUUACCCUACUGCUCUAGCGAUAUGUGGGCUGGAACACGAAUUAAAGCGGAAAACGACACAUUCGCGUUUACGGGUCGUUUAAUAGUUAAAGAUGUCCUUAAUGAACUGUUGCAAUUUGGUUUGCGUGGUCGACUUUUAUUAGUCGGUUCGAGUGCUGGUGCAGCAGGAGUUAUGUUUCAUGCAGACGCUACAAGAAGAAGUCUUAGGACACAUGGCGUUCGUGUGGCAGCUAUCGCCGAUUCUGGGUGGUUUCUCGACAGGCCCCCAAGAGCGAGACGAUCGUUUUCCGUUGAUGCAAUAGCACGGCUUGGACAUACUUUAUGGCAAGGAUCACCUCCAUCGUCUUGCGUACGACAAUACAGACAUAAGCCAUGGCUAUGCUAUUUUGGAUAUCGCCUCUAUCCACAUAUUCGGACACCACUCUUCGUAUUUCAGUAUUUAUUUGAUUCAGCACAACUAACAGCAGAAGGUGUCCGAGCCCCUCGCACAAGAGCGCAAUGGGAUGCCGUGCAUGAGACAGGGACUGCUCUCCGUGCGAGUCUUAAAGGCGUGCGAGCAACAUUUGCUCCUGCGUGCAUUGCCCACGGGGCUUUAGCGAGACCCGAGUGGCUGGCGAUUAAUGUAUCCGGUAUUUCCCUUCCAAAAGCUAUUAGUUGUUGGGAGCGCCGCUUGAACAGCAGAAAUAGAGGUGAAAGGACCAGGUGUGCACCGCGCAGGCUCAUUGAAAGGUGCUCGUGGCCACAGUGUAACGGUUCCUGUCCACGUUUGCGUGACCCCAGGACGGGCGAAGAAGUAGCAUUAGCCGCGUUACUUCAAAGUUUUGGUUUAGACGUGAAUGGAGCUGCAGCAGCCAUGGGUUUAGACGCUCGAGCUCUAUCAAGAAUGAGUCGAGCUGAACUUUUGCCUUUACUGGCACCACAUACGUGAUAUUUAAUAGACUGUUUAUGUGCAUUGAGCACGAUGAAUCUACCUCGUUUUUGUUACAAGUACAAUUAUUAUUAAUGUUAGUUAUUAUUUAUUGUAAUGAGAUGCAGCAGUAUUUAUAUAAGUAAAAUGUAAUUUUUUAUAUUCGUUUUAUUAAUCAAACCAAAUAAUAUAAACAUUGGGGAUGUACAAUAAAGAGUCAACUGUGGUAAAUAUUUAUUUACAUCAUAUGUAAUUCUCCUUAUGUAAAGGGAAUGUGGACUAGCAUAUUAUUCCUACUACAAA